GGGCCUGGCCGCGCCGUCCGGUGCUGCGGGACGCGCUGAGGGCCCGGAGCGGCCAUGCGGGUUCCGAGUCCGAGCCCCAGCCCCAGCCCCAGCCCCGGCGCGGCGCGGCUCCCCCGACGGAGGCGGCGGGCGCGAGGCGCGCUCUGAGGCCUGGGGAUGCGCCGCCGCCUCGACCAUGGGCGCCGUCGCCUCCCGAAGGAGGGCGCUGAGGAGCGAGGCCAUGUCCUCGGUGGCGGCCAAAGUGCGAGCAGCCCGAGCGUUCGGCGAGUACCUGUCCCAGAGUCACCCGGAGAACCGGAAUGGUGCAGACCACCUGCUGGCUGACGCGUACUCUGGCCACGACGGGUCCCCGGAGAUGCAGCCGGCCCCCCAGAACAAGCGGCGUCUCUCCCUCAUCUCCAAUGGCCGCUAUGAGGGCAGCCUCCCGGAGGAGGCCGUCCGUGGGAAGCCGGCCGGUGAGGGCCCCCAGCCCCGUGUGUACACCAUCUCCGGGGAGCCCACCUUGCUGCCCGGCCCGGAGGCCGAGGCCAUUGAGCUGGCCGUGGUGAAGGGGCGGCGGCAGCGGGAGCGGCACCCCCACCACCAUAGCCAGCCCCUGCGUGCCAGCCCGGGCGGCAGCCACGAGGACGUCAGCAGGCCCUGCCAGAGCUGGGCAGGCAGCCGCCAGGGCUCCAAGGAAUGUCCCGGAUGUGCCCAGCUGGCCCCCAGUCCUUCCCCUCAGGCCUUUGGGCUGGACCAGCCGCCUCUGCCUGAGGCCACCAGCCGCCGCAAGAAGCUGGAAAGGAUGUACAGUGUUGACCGCGUGUCUGAUGACGUCCCCAUCCGCACCUGGUUCCCCAAGGAGAACCUCUUCAGCUUCCAGACAGCCACCACAACUAUGCAAGCCAUCUCGGUGUUCAGGGGCUACGCGGAGAGGAAGCGCCGGAAACGGGAGAAUGAUUCCGCGUCUGUAAUCCAGAGGAACUUCCGCAAACACCUGCGCAUGGUCGGCAGCCGGCGGGUGAAGGCCCAGACGUUCGCCGAGCGGCGCGAGCGGAGCUUCAGCCGGUCCUGGAGCGACCCCACCCCCAUGAAAGCCGACACUUCCCACGACUCCCGAGACAGUGGUGACCUGCAGAGCUCACACUGCACCUUGGGCGAGGCCUUUGAGGACCUGGACUGGGAGACCGAGAAGGGCCUGGAGGCUGUAGCCUGUGACACUGAGGGCUUUGUGCCACCCAAGGUCAUGCUCAUCUCCUCUAAAGUGCCCAAAGCUGAGUACCUCCCCACCAUCAUCCGCAGAGACGACCCUUCCAUCAUCCCCAUCCUCUACGACCACGAGCACGCAACAUUCGAGGACAUUCUGGAGGAGAUAGAGAAGAAGCUGAACGUCUACCACAAGGGGGCCAAGAUCUGGAAGCUGCUGAUUUUCUGCCAGGGCGGCCCGGGACACCUGUACCUGCUCAAGAAUAAGGUGGCCACCUUUGCCAAAGUGGAGAAGGAGGAGGACAUGAUCCACUUCUGGAAGCGGUUGAGCCGCUUGAUGAGCAAAGUAAACCCAGAGCCGAACGUCGUCCAUGUGAUGGGCUGCUACAUUCUGGGGAACCCUAACGGGGAGAAGCUGUUCCAGAACCUCAGGAGCCUCAUGACCCCUUACAGGGUCACCUUCGAGUCCCCCCUGGAGCUGUCGGCCCAAGGGAAGCAGAUGAUUGAAACCUACUUUGACUUCCGGCUGUACCGCCUGUGGAAGAGCCGCCAGCACUCGAAGCUGCUGGACUUUGAGGACGUUCUGUGAAGGGCGGGGCCGCUGCCUUGGACCGGCGACCGGGGCUCGGCUGCCGUGCGCGCCCAGUUCCGUGUGGGUCCUGGUCUUCACGGCCACUUCAGGGCACCCUCGGACGCCGCUCAGGUUCCCUCCCAGGGAUCUGGUCCUCAACACAGCCCGGGUCACAGAGGCCACAGCCCCUGGGCCUGGGAGGAGCCUCAUCCAUCACGGCCACCACGGCCGUGGAAGUUGGCCGGGCCUCGGCCUCGCCUGGAGGCUGCAGCACGGGGGCGGCUCCUCUGUAGGUUCAUAGAAAUAAGUGCAAUUUCCUACACGCCCGAGACAAUUCCAAGGGAAGCAGCAUUACUAGGGAGCUAGUCAAGGGCUGCGUUACUAGUUACGGCGUAGAUGUCCCGGCUCAGCUCUGUGCCCAGCUCCCCAGCCCUGCCGUAUCUGAUCACCAGCACCAGGGCGGCCCGGCGGCCCGGCUGGCUCCGUCGCUGGCCGAGUCCCUGAUCGUCCGUGCUUGCGCUGCUCUCGCCGCCCCUGCGUCCCUGGCCUCAGGCGCACCGGCUCAGCACGGUGCCUGGGCAGCCACAGAGUGGGGGCGAGCCUUCCUUUGCUCAGAGGGCCACUGGGUCGAGUCAGGCCCUGCCUGCUCCCCAGCCUCCCGGGCCUGCCCGGCUCCCCACAGCUGUCCAGCUCAGCUUUUGGCGGCCGAGGUCCGACGGCCUCUCCCAGCGCAAAGCCUGGGGUCUUGGUGGGAGCCUGCUGGGGCUGGGUCCCGGUGGCGAGAACCCUGCAGCACACUGCAGUGGGGGGCCCGGGCCUGAGAGCUGGGCGGCUGGUGGGCUCUGGGCUCACAGCCUUGCUGUGGCCUGGCGGGGGGCUCUCUUGUACAUAGCUGGGGCUCGGGGGCUGGCCCCCCUUUGCAGAGCCUGGUGCCAGACACCCGGCUGUGCCCCUGGCCGAGGGGGCGGGGCUUGAGCCGGGCUCUGCACCACGUACGGCAUCCCUUAGAGUGACCAUUAAAUCUGACCCUCCGCUGCG